CUCUAUCUUUGCUAUAAUUACUUCUUUUUAUUCUUUUUGCCCACCCACCAUGUCCUCUCCAUCUGCCCUCUCCACAGCCUCUCCUUUGCCAUUUCUCCAAGAGGAAGAAGAACACCUCGAGGUCUCAGAUCGCAAAGACGCCUCUUCGGUCUGGGCUCUCAAAGUCCCCAAUUUCCUCCUACAGCGAUGGCAAACCGUUCAAGAACCCGGCGUAGAACUCGGUCGACUCGUAGUGGACAACUCUGUCACACCGCCCAAUAUCACUCUCAAAUUGACUAAUGCCGAAGAAGGGACAGAGGAAGGUGAAAGAGCAAAGCGAGCAAAAUACGAUGUCGAAGGGUUGCCAGACGAGUUCAAGGUGGAAGUGCCGAUGGAAAGGUCAAAGAAUACAUUUCUGUUUUCAGAGGUGAAGAAAAUUUAUGAUAAAGGGAAUAGAGAUGGAACGCAGCAGGCGGAUGCGCCGAGAGAUGCAUGGGGCAAGAGGAAGAGGGAAAAAGCCCACCCGAAAUUGCUGGCGAGGGUAGAUCAUGAAGGACAUAUCCAGCCGAUCCGUACUCAAAAGUACCUUGAUUUCCUCAAAGCUCGUCGUAUGGAGGCAGAACAGUCAAGAAGACCUGUUGUUCGUAUGGAGGAUACUGGUUUGAGUCAGGCCGAACAAAACCAACUUGCAAGUGGUUUCCGCAGUGCCAACUCUACUUUUGGCAGAAAUAUGAUACUCGCAUCAAAACAAGCUUCGGGCGAACGUUUUGCCCGUUUGGAGCGUCACGAACUCACCGACCGUAUCUUCCAAUGUUUCCGAGAUCAUCCAUACUGGGCUCUCGGGGCUCUCAAACAAACACUCGAACAGCCCGACGCAUGGUUGCGGGAAGUACUUCGUGAUGUGGCUGAGCAAGUGAAAGAAGGGCAGUAUCAGGGUUACUGGCAGCUCAAGCCUGUCUGGAGAGAAGACUCUUGGAAGGGUGGCGAGAAAGGGGAGAGUGUCAAGAAUGAAGUCAAGGAGGAGGGAGAUGUCAAGCCGGAUAUCGAUGUAGAUGAUGACGAGGAUGAGGAUGACCUAGAAGAGGUCAUGUAGUGCAUUUCAAAAGCGUGUAUUAGAAGGCAUAAAGGCCGUCGAUCAAUCAUGUUGUAAAGUAAGCAUGCAAUUAUCAAGC